AGAUUUCUGAUUGUGCUGGGAUGCCUGAUUUUAGCAGUGCUGACCACUUUCGGAGAAUACGAAAAAGCGUCUGGAUAUUGGCUGUUGCUUUUGGAAACUUUUGCCAUUUUCAUCUUUGGAGCAGAAUUCGCCUUAAGGAUCUGGGCAGCCGGCUGCUGUUGUCGCUACAAGGGAUGGCGUGGGAGGCUGAAAUUUGCCAGGAAGCCUCUCUGUAUGUUGGACAUCUUCGUACUGAUCGCCUCCGUCCCCGUAGUAGCUGUUGGAAACCAAGGCAACGUCCUAGCUACAUCUCUGAGAAGCCUCCGUUUCCUCCAGAUCCUAAGGAUGCUGCGUAUGGACCGCAGAGGGGGCACCUGGAAGCUUCUGGGAUCAGCUAUUUGUGCACACAGCAAGGAGCUCAUCACUGCCUGGUACAUUGGAUUCUUAACCCUUAUUCUCUCCUCGUUCCUGGUUUACCUGGUGGAGAAGGACGUGCUUGAAAGAGACGAGGAUGGGAAAGAGACCAAGGAGUUUGGGACCUAUGCUGACGCCCUCUGGUGGGGACUGAUUACACUGGCAACAAUUGGCUAUGGGGACAAGACACCCAAAACGUGGGAAGGCCGCUUGAUCGCAGCAGCUUUUUCGUUAAUCGGAGUUUCGUUUUUUGCUCUUCCGGCUGGCAUUUUGGGUUCAGGACUGGCCCUAAAAGUCCAGGAACAACAUCGCCAAAAGCACUUUGAAAAAAGAAGGAAACCGGCAGCUGAGCUCAUACAGGCUGCGUGGAGGUACUACGCUACUAAUCCUAAUAGGAUAGAUCUCGUUGCCACCUGGAGAUUUUACGAGACUGUGGUAUCAUUCCCAUAUUUCAGGAAAGAGCAAGUGGAUGGAACCAGCCAGAAGCUGGGUCUCUUGGAUCGGGUUCGUGGUAGCAAUCCUAAAGGGAAGCUGUUUACUCCUCUGAAUGUAGAAGCAAUUGAAGAAAGUCCUUCCAAAGAGUCCAAGAACGUUGUGCUGAUUAACCGAGAUCGAUUGCGAACAGCCUUCCGAAUGAAAGCUUAUGCAUUCUGGCAAAGCUCAGAAGAUGCUGGGACAGGGGACCCCCUGGCAGAAGACAGGGGAUACAGCAAUGAGCUUCUCAUGGAAGACCUCAUCCCUACACUGAAGAUUAUCAUCCGAGCUGUUAGGAUUCUACAGUUCCGCCUCUAUAAGAAGAGAUUUAAGGAGACUUUGAGGCCUUACGACGUAAAGGAUGUGAUAGAACAAUAUUCAGCUGGACAUCUGGACAUGCUUUCCAGAAUCAAAUACCUUCAAGCAAGAAUAGAUAUGGUUUUUGCACCUGGGCCUCCAUCUACUCCCAGACACAGGAGAUCACAGAAAGGGGGCACCUUCUCCUACCCUUCGCAGCAGUCUCCAAGGAACGAGCCAUUCAUAAGUAAAGCAUCUGCAGAUGAUGCGGAAGACCAAAGCAUGAUGGGCAAAUUUGUCAGAGUUGAAAGACAGGUCUACGACAUGGGGAAGAAGCUGGAUUUUUUAGUAGACAUGCACAAGCAGCAUCUGGGCCAGCUGCAGGUCCAAGUCACCGACGCGUGUCCUUUGAAAGAAGCCACCUCCUUGGCUGAGGACAACCGCUUUUCUGAAUUGAAAUCCAUCAUUUACAAGUACUCCAAGCCUUCCAUCCAUGAGCUGUCUCCAACCUUCCACCACGUCCCUGUGAACAAAGUCCCUCCUUUCGGGUACUCGAGCCAGGACUGUGGUCACAACCCCCUUUCACUGCCCUUCAGUGACCAGAACUCAGGCCGAUGGCAAGCCAUGCCCUUCUCCACAGCCUACUCAGAAAGGCCCACCGUCCUGCCAAUAGUGACUUUCAUGGACCCUCAGGUUUCCUUCCAGUCGCCGCCGAGGGAGCUCUGGAGCCCCCAUUCGGACAGAUUCUCCUCAAGGCAGAGGCAGAGAGACAGCGACACCCCCUUGUCUUUGCUCUCGGUCAACCACGAGGAACUCGAACGCUCCCCGAGCGGGUUCAGCAUCUCUCAAGACCGAGAUGAUUUCCUGUUCGGCCCAAAUGGCGGAACCAGUUGGAUGAAGGAGAAACGUUAUUUGGCUGAGGGGGAAACGGACACCGACACCGACCCUUUCACUCCCAGUGGCUCUAUGCCUCUGUCCUCCACGGGGGACGGGAUUUCCGACUCAAUAUGGACUGCUUCAAGCAAGCCAAUUUAAUCUUCUCUACAGGGGUUGGUGGUUGGGGUGGGGCGUGGGAGGGUGGAGAUCUGGGCUGGCUUUUUCUUGUCCUGUAAACUUAAAACUUUGUAUAUCUGACGAGACGUGCCCGAAGCUUCCUCCCCUCAAAAAAAAAAAGCAAAAAAAGAAGAAGCAAGCCACCACACCCAUCCCUUCGCCACCAGAAUGGCCAUUCUGCAUGCUGGUGUUCGUGCACAUCUUUCUCCACCAUCUCACACAGUUGGGCGAUGCAGUUCUCCUCGUUCCUGCCCAAACGAAGCGGCUUGAGUUUUCUUGCGCAGGGUGGCGGUGUGGUUUUUUAUUUUAUUUUAUUUUGCAUGACUUUAUGCACUAAAGGGUACAGGGGAUUCCCUCCAUGAUUAAAACCAUGAAGGAGAAGGAAAAAAUCAUCACACUCUAUCGCUCAGUACGUCAAGGAGUCAGGUGGAUGUCAGAGCUAAAAAACGUGGGGAGAUACAGGCUGCAUCGUUGCGAGCAAAAAAAACCCCCUUCAUUUCUAGAACGGCUCCCUUGGUGAGGUGUGCAUGCAUUUGCAUCAUUCCUCUUUGCAAUUUUAGCUUGUUUCCCUCUUGGCUGUCCAUUUUGUUCUCUCCCAUGUCGCCAUAGUAGGCUGAUUUAAUUCCGUUUGUUUGAACUCUCUGCUCCUGCACCUAUGUAAGAAACCCGAGAAUAUAACACAUUCCAGUA